CUCUGUUCAGCUUCACAUUGACAUGAAGAAUCUUUAUUUUCCAUUUUCUGACCCGUCCUCUUCCUCCUCCUCUUCCUCAGGAACCCACUACCUGCGCGGCGCCAACAACGCGCUGCAGCCCUGGGCGUCCGCCGAGGCGCGGCGGCAGCUCGGCCUGAAGCCGGCCAACCCGACGGAGGAGGGCCUGGCCAGCCUGCACAGCGUUCUGCUGAGGAAGCAGCCGCACCUGUGGCGCGCGGCGCUGCUCUACUACACCGUGUUCCACGCCGCCAGCAUGAGCUUCAGCCGCCUCUUCGCCCACAUCGCCCGCUUCGUCCACGACCCCGACGUCCGCUGGGAGUACUGCCUGCGGGCCAAGAGGGGCCAGACCGACACCGCGCAGCCCGGUUGCUUCAGCAAAGAUCAGGUCUACCUGGACGGGAUCCUGCGGAUCCUUCGCCAUCGAAGGAACAUCGACUUUAAAAUGCUGACGUCUCUAGGAAAGGUGUCUUUCGAGGACGUGGAGCGUCUGCGUCCUCUGGCGGCGCUGAACCGGACCAGAAUCCCUCACUUCAUGCGUGACCAGGAGCGUUACCUGCAGCACCUGGACCACAUCGUGGCCGUCAACGAGCUGGACGACGCAGCGCUGCAGCAGCUGCUGCCCUGAGUCCCACAAAAGGUCGCAUUGUAACGGCGCGCUACGGGGUAAACGCGUCGCAUCGUAACAGGAAAACGCGUCGCAUCGUAACGGCGCUCUAUGGGGAAAAUGCGUCGCAUCGUAACGGCGCUCUACGGGGAAAACGCGUCGCAUCGUAACGGCGCUCUACGGGGAAAACGCGUCGCAUCGUAACGGGAAAACGCAUCGUAACGGCGCUCUACGGGGAAAAUGCGUCGCAUCGUAACGGCGCUCUACGGGGAAAACGCGUCGCAUCGUAACGGCGCUCUACGGGGAAAACGCGUCGCAUCGUAACGGCUCUUUAUGCGGAAAACUCGCCCGGAGUUUUUAUUGAUUACCACCAAAACGUUGCGUCGUACCAAAACUUGACAAGGAAAAACACGUUGCAUCGUAACGUCACUUUACGUGGAAAAACCCGUCCAGCGUUUUUACAAAACUUGAACGAUCCAAACGGGACGACGCCUCCUUCGUUUUCAGUCGGAUGCAUGGUUGUGCUGCGGAUCGGCGCAUUUUAACCGCGCUCCCUUUAUCAAGUUACCUCACUAUUAUCACUAUGUAACCACCAUUAUAUAUGUAGACUCACAUAAUCAUAGGCGGCUUUAUUUAUGCACUUGUUUACGUUUUUGUUACGUUGCAAAAAGAACAAAAUGAAUGUCACUGGUGUUAGCUUUAUGUUUUGUUUUUGAAACAACGUUUUUAUGCCUUAGAUUGUUUGCAUUUUUAAAAAGAACACCAAGGACACAACAUUUAAAACCAGGUGGGUUUGCAGUGACUGAGACCAUGAAUCUUUAAAUACCAAGUGCCACUGGACUCAGCCAAGCGUUUCGCCCCCAGGGUUUUAAUUAUCAGUGUUAUAAUGAAGCUAAUCAGCGGCGUUGUCUUAACUGUGUCCUUGGUGGGCUUUCUUAGUUCACUACUGUGAGUUCUCCUGCUGCAACAACCAAACUUUACUUUGUUUGGUUCAACAUUUGGGAUCUUUGGUGAGCGUCUUCCAAAGAUAACAGGGUUUUGGUGACUACUGCCCCUGAAAAUCAUGAUUUUUAAAUCAAAAAUAUAAUUCAUUGAAACUUUAAUCAAUGUAUUUGAAGGGAAAUAACCAUUUUAAGCAAAUAAGCUUAAUGAAAUGUAGGAAUACUAAUCGAUCGCAGAAAUAGGAUUAUAAAAGAAAAAUUUUAACAUUAUUAGCUGAAAAUAAGCUUUUUUGGCUAAAGGGGAAGGGAGUUUAAAAGAUGAAUAUUAUUCAUGGAAGUCAAAAAUAAUGGUAUAAAGGAGACCUAACAGACCGACACCCUACACAGAUAUUUAAACAGACUUUAUCAAACAAAGGUCUGAUUAAAAAAUUGUUACUGGGGGUGUUGUUACGCUCUAAACUAUCCAAAAAUUUAAAACAGUGGUCACCAGAUUAUUAAAGUGUUGUGGAUAAAGCACAGCAGCAGUGAAGGGAAGCAGCUAAAAGUCUCACUUUUUUGCACAUAAUCAGCUUAAAUGCAUGACACAAAUAUUGCUGUCAAAACUUUAUUCUCCUUAGCCAUCUGAAACUUUAAAGUAACGUGUUGUGGAGAAGUUGGAUAAAACAUUAGCAGCAGUGAAGGGAAGCAGCCAAAAGUCCCACUUUUCUGCACAUAAUCAUGGUUUAACUGUUAGCCACACCUCUUUGUAUCUUCUUCAAGCUAGUGCUAACAAUCUGGUGGACAGAUGGGACACACAAAGUUUGAAGGGGAACAUUUGGAGGGAGAAUUUAUUUAUCAGAACUGUUGUUAGAUCUUUUGUAUUCUUAUAUUUUGAAUAUUUUAUCUGAGAAACUUUAUGCUCACAAACAACACCUGCAGUGAAACCAUAAACCUCCCAAAUGUUGACCCAGUCCUGAUUUUUUAAAUGGAUGAAAUGCCAAAGUGGCAUCUAUUACUGUUUUUGGUUGUUUAGUGAAGCAGCUGAACCCAGCUGUGGUUCUGAGGAGGCCGGGUCUCGCGGUGCCUUCGAUGGGUGUAGCGCUCAUCUGAUGUAGCUAAUUACUGAGUUCGUUGGCUGCUUUUUACUUUGACACUACAGACGCCGGUCACGGCAUUCGGUUCGGGUUUGAGCAGAACCAGGUCAUAUGUUUUUAUCUGAAAACCGGUGGAUGCUUUUUAAAUGCGUGGGUUUGAUUUUUUCGGAAGCGGUUGGACUUUUCCCUGCUGUGUUUACAGUCCACGUCGCCUCAGCAGGAACGUUUCGGAUCUGAGCAGGCCGUCCCGUUCAGAACUUUGGCCCGGAUUCUCCCAAAACGAAUGCACCAACUUGUAACGCACGAAUGUUGCACAAGUGUUUUCUGUUCUGGAAAUACAUGUUGAAGUUCCAGUGUUAUUUAUUAAACACGCACUUAUUGAGCUCUG